AGCGAACCUCGACCUAUAGCAACGAGAGAGGCGGGGAAGGGGGAGGGGUUCUCCAGGCCGUUGCUCGGUGGUGGGGCCCCGGGGCCUCUCGGCCAGGUUCCAUGGAGUUCCCCGGGCACAGCGAGCAGCUGCUGCAGAGCCUCCGGGAGCAGCGCUCGCAGGGCUUCCUGUGCGACUGCACGGUGCUGGUGGGCAGCACGCCCUUCCAGGCGCACCGGGCCGUGCUGGCUUCGUGCAGCCCCUUCUUCCAGCUCUUCUACAAGGAGCGGGACCUGGACAAGCGCGACCUGGUCUGCAUCCACAACGAGAUCGUCACGGCGCCCGCCUUCGGGCUGCUGCUGGACUUCAUGUACGCCGGCCAGCUGGCCCUGCGCGGGGACACGCCCGUGGAGGACGUGCUGGCCGCCGCCAGCUACUUGCACAUGAAUGACAUCGUCAAGGUCUGCAAGCGGCGGCUGCAGGCCCGGGCCCUGGCGGAGGCCGACAGCACCAAGAAGGAGGAGGAGCCCCGGGCAAGGCCGGCCACCCCGGAGCCCCUGCCCAGCACCUCCCGCGGCCUCGUGCAGGGGCUUCCACCUCCCGAGACGCCCAGCUGGAGGGACCAAGACCAGUGGAAGGGGCCCGCCCCGGCCCCUGCCCUGCCCGCGGGCCCCCACGCAGAUGAGCCCCCGGGGCCCGAGGGGGCAGACACCACCCAGCCUGGCAUGGACGCGCCAGGGGCAGAAGGCUCCCUUUCCAGCCCCAGUAGCUCCACGGAAACGGUGCCUGCCAGCUAUUUUUCCCCUAGUCUCGGGGCUGCCCCCGUGGAACCCGCAGGGUCCCUGGAAGUGGGUCCUGAGAACAUGGGGCUAGGGGGCCCACGAGGACCUAGUGGGCCAGUGGAGGGCUUCUACCCGCCUCCACCCGCCCCAGCACCAGCGCUGGCCCAGGCCCCGGCCCCGGCCCCAGGGGAGGCUGAGCCUGUGCAGGUGAAGGUGGAGGCCAUAGUGAUCUCUGAUGAGGAGCCAGAGGGGCCAGAGGAGAGGCCCCAGGCCCCAGAGGGACUCUUCCCACCCGGAGGAGCAGCUUGUCGGAGCCGCUAUGCCCCCCCUGAAGCAUUUGAGGAGGCGGGGGCUUCGGGGGCCCCGGGGGCCCCGGGGCUGGAGGAGGCUGGGCCGGCAGACCACUUCCUGGCCCCUGACGCUCACCUUCCCUACCACCUGUUAGCCGGCCCAGGGCACUACCCUCCCGGGCUGGUGACUCCACCUCCACCCACACACAGUGGCCUGCAUGAAUCUCUCUACUUGCCUCCAGAGUACGAAGUGGCCUCCGGGAGCUUUGGGGUUUUCACUGAGGAUGUCCCAACGUGCAAGACGUGUGGCAAGACCUUCUCCUGCUCCUACACGCUGAGGCGCCAUGCGACUGUGCAUACCCGGGAGCGGCCCUAUGAGUGCCGCUACUGUCUGCGCAGCUAUACGCAGUCGGGAGACUUGUACCGCCACAUCCGCAAGGCCCACAAUGAGGACCUGGCCAAACGAAGCAAGCCUGACCCUGAAGCUGCCCCCUCCUAGGUGUGCCCACCCCCCUCUCCGACUUCAGCCUGGGCCACGGUGGGGGGCGCCCCGAGACCCCCGGACUUGGUCCCUGGGACUUUGGGGGCAGUGGAGACCUCCCUGAGAAGAGGGAAGGCUGGGGGGGUCAAUCCCAUGCUGCUGGGUCAGAUGGGUGUGGGGUCUGGCUGCUGUCCUGUCCUUGUUCAGCCAGAGGUGAAAGGACAGCAUUGGCGCUAUCCUGCCUAGCUUGGUAGUCCAGAGCCGAGGAGCCAGCUAGUGCAGGGCCUUGUGUCCCUCUCCCUGCCCCCUCCCUGGGUUUUAGAGGGACAGAGGCCCAGUUCCUUAGCUCCUCUCCAGGUAGAUCAUUUUCCCAACCCCGUGGCCUAGAGUCCCCCUGAGAUUGUCACCUGCCACUCCAAGUACUGUUUUAUUGCCUGGGUCAUAAAGGUGGAAGUGAAACCCUCUCCAUGAAGUG